UAUGCGCUAUAUUUCAAUUAAUAAAGUUGCUGCACAGAAAAUUCAUGACAAACGAUUUAACUUGCACCCUCAGCACAGGCAGCGUAAUCCUCGCUGUAUAUGCAUAAGAGUGAAGACCGCAACAUAUAAUUAAAGCCCGCAAAUUGGUAUGUGCAACUUUGGCUGCUGCAUCAGAAGAUCCAUUUGCUUCUCCUGCUGUGGUUGUCCAACAUGGUCAGCCGCAAGGAAAUCUUUGCAAUUACUGUGAAAUAAGUUGCCGUUAACCGAACGCUUUCAUUACGCAACCAACUAUUAAAAACCCACAUCAACGGUUUGCUAUAGCGAAUCGUGUAAAUUUCCUUGAGCACCGACCGCCCCGCCCAUCCAAGCGCCCUAGUGAAUAAUGCCGGAAAUUGUGGAUACAGAAUUGCUGGUGAAUUGCACAAUUCUCGCCGUGCUUCGCUUCGAGCUGAAUAGCAUAGUGAAUAUAACGCUAUUGAAUAGCCUCAAUCGAACCGAGGUGGUCAGCCUGCUAACCAGCAUCAUCGACAAUCGUGAUAAUCUUGAGAGCAUCAAUGAGGCAAAGGACUUUCUCACUGAAUGCCUGUUUCCAUCGCCAACGCGUCCAUAUGAGUUGCCGUGGGAACAGAAAACGAUUUGGGCAAUUGUAUUCGGUCUGAUGAUGUUCGUGGCUAUUGCGGGUAAUGGAAUUGUUCUCUGGAUUGUAACAGGACAUCGCAGCAUGCGCACAGUCACCAAUUAUUUCCUGUUGAACCUCAGCAUUGCUGACCUGCUAAUGUCCUCCUUGAAUUGUGUCUUCAACUUUAUAUUCAUGGUGAAUUCGGAUUGGCCAUUUGGCUCGAUUUAUUGCACCAUCAAUAAUUUUGUGGCCAAUGUAACGGUUUCAACAUCAGUCUUCACCCUCGUCGCCAUUUCGUUUGACAGAUAUAUUGCAAUUGUACACCCAUUGAAGCGGCGCACAUCACGACGAAAAGUACGAUUUAUACUGGUAAUGAUCUGGGCACUGAGCUGCGUGCUCUCAGCACCGUGCCUACUCUACUCCAGCAUUAUGACAAAGCACUAUUACAAUGGAAAAUCACGAACAGUUUGCUUCAUGAUGUGGCCCGAUGGACGUUAUCCCACAUCAAUGGCGGACUAUGUAUAUAACCUAACUAUUUUGGUGUUGACAUAUGGCAUACCCAUGAUUGUAAUGCUCAUAUGCUACACGCUGAUGGGGCGAGUCCUCUGGGGCAGCCGGUCAAUUGGUGAGAAUACGGAUCGCCAGAUGGAAUCGAUGAAAUCGAAGCGAAAAGUGGUUCGCAUGUUUAUAGCGGUCGUCUCAAUUUUUGCCAUUUGCUGGCUUCCCUAUCACCUGUUUUUCAUCUAUGCCUAUCACAACAAUCAGGUGGCAUCCACAAAAUACGUACAGCAUAUGUAUCUGGGAUUCUACUGGCUGGCCAUGUCCAAUGCAAUGGUCAAUCCAAUUAUCUAUUACUGGAUGAACAAGAGAUUUCGCAUGUACUUUCAAAGAAUCGUUUGUUGCUGUUGUUUGGGCUUCAUUCGCUAUAGAUUCGACUCUCCCAAGAGCCAGGCGACCAACAAAAAUAGUUCACAUCGAAACACAAGAGCCGAGACGAAAAGCCAAUGGAAGCGGAGCACGAUGGAAACACAAAUCCAACAAGUGCCUACCUCAUCAUCACGAGAUAGGCAGGCAGGGGCGGUUCAGGGGUUGAACCACACUGCCGUGGAAUGCAUCAUCGAGCGUCCUGUGGAUGAAAGUGGUUCACCCAUUUGCCUUUCCAUUAACAAUAGCGCGGGCGAGCGACAGCGAGUGAAAAUUAAAUAUAUCUCAUGCGAUGAGGACAACAAUCCCAUUGAGCAUGAAUCCGAAUCCGGACAUAGUCACGGUCACACUCAUAGACAUAGUCACAGACAUAGUCUCAGUAACAGUUACGGCCGCAGUCGGGCUCAGAAUGCUGCGCUGGUCCAGCAGUUGUGAUGGGAAAGUUCCAAGGCGGUUUCGUUGUCAAAAGAGCCAAUCAAAAUAAAAGGAAUUUCACUGUAAAUACGAAAAUCGAAUUUGUGGUUGUCAUCAGCAACAUAAAUUAAA